UCGUCGCUAUACGAUCUAGGAGUAUUGGGGUUACGGCUUGUCGACCCGAGCCGCCUUAUCGUCGGAAACUUGGUCUGCGCCCGCGCCAUGAAUACUUAAGGAUCGCCCGGAUGCGCUUAAGUUGUGGACUAGUUUCCCUCUCUCUCGUCCCUCACGCCCGAAAAUAAAGAUCGCGAGGAUCUGUAGUUGUAAAGUCGACCCCGUGACCAGACGCCAAACAAGAUGAGGUACUCUCUAAACGCAGUCGCCCUUGCGGCACUCUCCAGCUAUGCGGUAGCCAAGGAGAUGGCGCCAGAUGAGGCAUUGGCCGCGGAGCUCUUCGACAGCGGUAUCCGACACGAGACCAUCAUGGCUACUAAGGAGUCAUACUGGGCCGGCCGCCGAGAGCAAGGACUCUUCGACUCCUCCCAAUACAAGAGCAUGAGCAAGGCUGUCGCCUCAGUCCCCUGCACGGACGGCAUCGCGGAGCUCGUAGCUGGCGACCCGCUCUACAGCUUCAAGUGCAGCAAGCUAGACCUCUACGAUUUCCAAUCGCACGCGGACCUCGGCAGCAACGGUGGCGAGGGUUCCGGAUCGUGGGGCUGGACGAGCCCCGACGGCCGUGAGUUCGUCGCGAUUGCGCAAUCCGACGGCGCCGCCUUCGCGGAGAUUAGCUCCGAGGGUAAGCUCAUCUACCUCGGUCGCCUACCCCAAUACCCGACCGCCCAGCCGUCACUAUGGCGAGAGAUCAAGGGACUUAAGAGCUUGAUCGUGAUCGGAUCCGAGGCCGUCAACCACGGUAUCCAGGUAUUCGACAUGGCGAAGCUGCUGGACAUCGACCCGGCUAGCCCUAAGACGUUCAACAACGUGGACGACAUCUCGUACUGGAACGAAUUACCGUCGGGACGUUCCCACACGGUGCAGACGAACGAGGAGGGCAACUACGCCGUAGCAUCCGGCGCGCAGCCGCGAAACUCAAGCUGCGCUUCGGGACUGAUCUUCAUCGACCUGUCGGACUUGUCAAACCUAACAUCUCCAGGUUGCGCUGCGGGCGACGGCUACGUGCACGACGCGCAGUGCCUGAUCUACCGGGGACCGGACGAGAAGUACGUGGGCGAGGACAUCUGCUACGGAUACAACGAGGACACGCUGACGAUCUACAACGUAACGGACAAGGCGAGCCCGUCGAUCAUCUCGCGAACCUCAUACGAGGGCGCGAGCUACACGCACCAGGGAUGGGUGCUAGACACACAGUGGCAGCAGUACCUCGUGCUCGACGACGAGUACGACGAGUACGACCACGCCGGCCUCGGAGCCCCGGGAUACCCGAUCACAUACAUCUGGGACAUCUCGUCGCUCGAGGCGCCCAAGCAGACGGGCUACUACCAAGCCUCGCGCAAGGGCAUCGACCACAACCAGUUCGUCGACGGGGACUUCGUGUACCAGAGCAACUACGGAGGCGGCCUGCACAUCCUGGAUAUCUCGUCUAUCCCCUCCGACCCGACUGGAAAGGGCGUUAAGGAAGUCGCUUACUUCGACAUCUACCCCGAGGACGACGACGAGGAGGGCGGUGGCCAGGUCGAGUUCCAGGGAACUUGGAGUCAUUACCCGUACUUCAAGAGCGGGUACAUCAUGAUUAACACGAUUGAGCGUGGUGCUUAUGUCGUUAAGCUGUCUUCCUAGGAAAAUAUAUGAUGACUGAGAGGGCAUGAAAGGGGGAUUGGUUGGGUUAGUCUUAACGGGAUAGAUAUAAUUUCAUGAAAUGCUUAGAACUCCCUGUGCAAACGCCCUGUAUUUUGAUAGUGCCCAAGCCUUUUCGGACAUCCGAUGGGGAUGUGCUCUCGUGUUUAGCGCCACGAGAAGCUGGUGGUAGAAAGAAAAAGUGUUCCUCUGCACAACCGCGGGAAAGAUUUCGGUUUCUCCUUGCACUUGCUGAAUGGUCUUCUCAUGGGAUGGCCUUUCGAGGUGCUAUCGAUAAUUAGGGGCGCGAUAGUAGUGUUGGUGGAAUAUACACACAUGUAACUUCCAUGUUAUGUUCGUACAUACAGAGGAAGGCACCUCUGU